GCUUGCAUUAUAAGUUAUAAAGAAACAUACACUUGUUUGUUCCACACUGCUUUUAUUGUUGACUUGCUGUGCAUCGUUGCUAUGGCUCUUGUGGGAGAAGCUUUGCUUUCAGCUGCUGUGGAGGUGCUCUUGGACAGGAUCGUUUCCCAUGACUUGUUUCGUAGUAAGAAGCCUGACACUUCACUCCUCGAAAAGCUUAGAAUAACACUGCUGAGUGUUGAAGCUUUACUCAAUGAUGCUGAAGAGAAACAAUUCACCAACCCUCCAGUCAAGAAAUGGCUCCAUGCUCUCAAACAAGCUUUCUUUGAUGCUGAAGAUUUGCUUGAUCAAAUCAACACUGAGGCUUUGCGAUGCAAACUGGAAGCCAACUCUCCGACUCAAUCCACUACUCAUCAGGUCCUCAACUUCCUUUCUUCUCCUUUCAACAAGUUUCAAAAAGUUAUCAAUUCUAAAAUACAAGACUUGUUUCAAAGAUUAGAGCACUUAGCACUGCAAAAAGACAUCCUUCAGCUGAAAGAAGGUGUUUCAAGCAGUGUUUGGCAUGGAACUCCUACAAGUUCUGUGGUUGAUGAAUCUACUAUUUCUGGCCGAGAUGGUGACAGAAAGGAACUUAAGAAAUAUUUGAUGUCUGAGGAUGCUGGUGGUUCUAAAAUAGGAGUGGUUUCCAUAGUGGGCAUGGGAGGGCUUGGCAAAACUACACUUGCUAAACUCCUUUACAAUGAUUUAGAUGUACAAGAGAAAUUUGAUCUGAAAGCAUGGGCUUAUAUUUCAAAGGAUUUUGAUGUUUGCAGGGUUACUAAAACCAUUCUUGAAUCUGUCACUUACAAAUCCAUCGAUACAGAUAAUUUGAAUAUUUUCCAAGAGAAACUGAAAGAGAGCUUGAGUCAUAAAAGAUUUUUGAUUGUAUUGGAUGACAUAUGGGAUGGAAGCUAUGUUGACUGGAACAAUCUAAUGGACAUUUUUAGGGCUGGAGAAAUGGGGAGUAAAAUUAUCAUCACAACACGAGAUAAGAGUGUUGCAAAAGCCAUGCAAACAUAUUUGCCUAUCUACCGUCUCACACCUCUUCCUAGUGAUGAUUGUUGGUCUUUACUUUCUAAGCAUGCAUUUGGAGCAAAUAAUUGCAGCAAACAAUCCAACCUAGAAUUAAUUGGUAAAGAAAUUUCAAAACAAUGUGAUGGCUUACCAUUAGCUGCAGUGGCACUCGGGGGUCUUCUUCGCACCAAUUUAUCAGAAAAUUAUUGGAACAAGGUAUUAAAAAGUAACGUUUGGGAUUUGCCAAAUGUUAAGGUGCUACCAGCUCUACUAUUGAGCUAUCAUUAUCUUCCUGCUCCUUUAAAACGAUGCUUCACUUACCUAUCUAUAUUUCCAAAGAACUAUAGGUUAGAAAAAGAUAUGGUAGUUCGGCUAUGGAUUGCCGAAGGCUUGGUUUGUCAGUCCAAAAGUGACAAAACUAUAGAAGAAAUAGGUGAUGAAUACUUCGAUGAACUAGUAUCAAGGUCACUAAUACAUCGAGGGUCACGUUCGGGACAAGCAAUCUUUGAAAUGCAUGACCUCAUCAAUGAUUUAGCCACAAUGAUUUCAUCUUCAUAUUGUCUCAGGUCUGAGGAACCAAUUUCACAUGCAAGCUUUGAAAGUGUUCGUCACUUUUCAUACAAUAAGGGUUUCAAUAAAUUUGAUUUCCCUUAUGGAUCAAAAGGUCUGCGUACGUUCAUAGCAUUAUCUAAUCUUUAUGAUCUUCAUCUAUCAAACAAGGUAGUACAUGACUUUUUACCAGUAAUGAAACAGUUAAGGGUGUUGUCCUGGUCAAGGCAUGCCCAUAUCACUGAAUUGCCUGAUUCUCUUGGAAAUCUAAUUUACUUGCGAUACUUAGAUCUAUCUCGCACUAAAAUUCAGAAAUUGCCAGACGCAACAUACAAGCUCUAUAAUAUGCAAACCUUGUUGUUGUCCAAUUGUAGGUUACUCACUAAAUUGCCCGAGGACAUUGGAAAUUUAAUUUACCUGCGAUACUUAGAUCUUUCUUACACUAAAAUUCAGAGAUUGCCAGAUGCAACAUGCAAACUCUACAAUAUGCAGACCUUGUUGUUAUCCUAUUGUCAGUUACUCACUGAAUUGCCUGAGGACAUUGGAAAUUUGGUAAAUCUACAACACCUAAACAUCAGAGGGACUAAUUUGAAGAAGAUGCCUAUACAAAUAGCCACACUACAAAAUCUUCAUACCCUAUCUGACUUUGUCAUCAGCAAAACGCCAGAUGGAUUGACGGUUAGAGAGCUGAAAAACUUCUCCCGUCUACGAGGACAACUUUCCAUUUUAAAGUUACAAAAUGUUACUGACCCCUCUGAAGCUGCCCAAGCCAAUUUGAAGAAGAAAGAUCAAAUAGAUUCUUUAGCAUUAGAAUGGGAUUGCGGUAUGACUGAAAACACGCAAAUUGAGAGGCUUGUACUUGAACAGCUACAGCCACCAAUAAAUUUGAAGGAACUGAGCAUCAGAUUCUAUGGUGGAAGCAGCUUCCCUAAUUGGUUGGGUGAUUCUUCAUUUGGUAACAUGGUGUCAUUGUGCAUCAUGCAUUGUUAUUAUUGUUGGUCAUUGCCUCCCCUUGGACGAUUGGUUAGUCUCAAAAGACUCUACAUUUGUGGGAUGAAAUCAGUGAAGACUGUUGGUACUGAAUUCUAUGGAAGUAAUUCAACUUCAUUUCAACCAUUUCCCUCCUUGGAGACCCUAAGCUUUCGAAGAAUGCCAGAGUGGGAGGAAUGGAACUUGAUUGGAGGUACUACUAUAGAGUUUCCAAGGCUAUCAAAACUAUUUCUCAAUGAUUGUCCCAAACUUAAAGGAACCUUACCCAACAAUCUUCCUUCAAUUAGUUUUGAAUUAUCCGAUUGUCCUCUAUUGGUUCCAAUGGUCUGUCCCCAACUCCGAGAAAACUUAUCAACCAAUUCCCUUUCCUCAAUUUUUCUCGAGUCCACCAACUGCAUGGUAGACUUAACUAUCUCAAACAUUACCUCCCCAGCAUCCUUAAGAGAUGGUCUGCCCACAACAUUGCAAUCUCUCACUUUACAUGAUUGUGAGAAAUUGGAAUUCUUACCUCAUGAUUCCUUGCACAAUUACACUUCACUUAAGAAUUUGGAAAUGCAUAGAAGCUGUUAUUCACUGACUUCCUUCACCUUAGGUUGUCUCCCUGUGCUCGAAAAUCUUGAGAUUUCUGGUUGUAAGAAUUUGAAAUCCAUUUCUUUUGCAGAAAAUGCUUCCCAGAGUCUUUCACUUCUUCGACAUUUGGUCAUAGAGGAUUGUCCUGAACUCGACUCACUUCCCGAGGGCGGAUUGCCCACUCCUAACCUCAUUGAUUUGAUGGUGUCCAACUGUGGUAAGCUUAAAUCACUCCAGCUACAAAUUAACACUCUUAAUUCCCUUCAACGUUUGAUAAUCAAUGGUCUCCCAAAUCUCGAGUCUUUCGCAAAAGACGGUUUGCCUAUCAAGCUACGGCAAUUAGAAGUCGGUAGACUUGGGGGGAGUUUCUUGACAACAAUUAUCCGCGACUGGGGUUUGCAGAGGCUAACUUGUCUUUCAAAGUUGUAUAUUGAAGGUGAAGUUUUGAAUGUGCUCAUGAAGAUGAAAAUGUCAUUGCUGCCCACUUCUCUUGUGCGGUUAGAGAUAUAUAAUCUUUGUGAUAUAAAAAGCUUGGAUGGGAAGUGGCUUCAGCAUCUCACCUCUCUUAAAGAGCUUCAUAUUGAAAAUGCUCAACAACUUGAAUCCUUACCUGAAGAGGGAUUGCCUUCUUCUCUUUCAAAGUUCACCAUCUGGACAUGUCCAUUACUAGAAGCAAGUUGUGUCAAAGGAGAGAAAGAGUGGCCUAAGAUUUCUCACAUUCCAUACAUAACUAUCAACGGUGAAACGAACACAUAAUUAAUGCUCAGGAAAGCCUUUUAUUUCUAGCCAUCAUUGGUAGUCUACAAUAUUGAUGCAGACUCUGAAGCAAACUUUUAAAGCUUAAUACAAAGUUGAAUCUCGAGAUUCUUUCUGCUGAGUUAAAGAUUCUGUCAUCAUCCACAUCUCACUUUAGGAUCUGGGCGGGUCAUUGUAAAAUGGUGACAAAUAUUGUCUCUACUUUCCUUUAUUCUGUAAACAUCUGUUGCAGUUUCCAUUUGCAAUGUUGUACCAAAACCUCUGUCAUUGUCCUAUAAUUUGUUUGUGAGAGUGUGAGACCUUAUAUUUUUACAGUCAUUUGUACUUCUUAAAACUGGAAAUUUUCAUUAUUGCUUUCACUCAAAUAUUCCUCCAAUCCUCUUUAGUCU